AUGGCAUCGUCCAAGGCCUUGUUUCUCGUGGCCCUCAUCCUGGUCCUCUUCGCGGUGGCUAACGCCUGCGGCGGCGGCUGUCCGACGCCAACGCCACCCACUCCGACGCCGCCGUCACCUUCAUCCGGCGGCAAGUGCCCCAAGCACGCGCUCAAGCUCGCGGCGUGCGCCAACGUGCUGGGCCUCGUCAGUGCCGAGGUCGGCCACCCGCCCGCCGAGCCGUGCUGCAGCAUCCUCGGCGGCCUCGCGGACCUGGAGGCCGCCGUCUGCCUCUGCACCGCCAUCAAGGCCAACGUGCUCGGCAUCACCGUCGACAUCCCUGUCAAGCUCAGCCUCAUUGUCAACUACUGUGGCAAGAACCUCCCCAGUGGCUUCAUAUGCGCCUGA